AUGUCUUCCCUGAGCUGGGUUUACGUGGGAGGAGCCAGAACCACUGACACGUACGACUCUCACUACUUGGGAAGAAAGCGCUGCGCGUCCCGUCUGCCUCCCAGCCAUUUACAUCGAAUGCCUUUCCGUUUCGAUAACACGUUAAUGUUUUGAAGCUUAUAAUACCCGGUAUUUUUCUUUUUCAAACGUGUUUCAGACAAGAGGGUUUGUUUUCCUUCUCCCCCGCCCUCCCCAGGGGUGUUGUGCUCAGAAGUAAAACGAUGCGAUAUGCAACGUUAGUUUCCUUCUUAAGGCCCAUCGGGCCGGUGGUUAUCGGCAUCUCCCUGGGAUUCACGCUGAGUUUGCUGAGUGUCACUUGGGUGGACGAUCCGUGCGACGCGGACGGGCGGAGCGCCGGCGAGCUCAGCCUGGAUGGGGGCGCAAAGCAGAGAGGGGCUCGGAAGCCCAGCUCAAUAUCAACAGGCAGCCUGGAAAAUGCUGAUGCGGAGGAGGAUUUCGAGCCCAGGAUCGUGCCGUACAAACCCUUACAGCAGACUCCGGCCAAGAAGAUUAUCAGGGCCAAGUACAUCAGCACUGAGCUUGGAAUUCGGGAACGGCUGUUUGUGGGGGUCCUGACCUCCAAGAACACCAUCAACACGCUGGGUGUGGCCAUGAACCGCACCAUCAGGAAUCAUCUUGACGCCGUGAUCUUCUUCACCGGCAUGCGAAACCGCAAGCUUCCCCCCGGCAUGACCGUGGUCGCCCAUGGCGAUGACCGCCUCAUCUGGAACAUGUUUCAGACCGUCAAGUACGUGCUGGAUCGCUACGUGGGGGAGUACGACUGGUUCUACUUCAUCCAGGAUGACACUUAUCUGGAGGCAGACCGUAUCAAGCAGCUGGUGGAGCACCUGAGCAUGGCCGAGUCGCUAUACAUGGGCAAACCUGAGGAGUUUGCGGGGGGAGAAACGGGGGGGCGCUAUUGCUACGGUGGCUUCGGCUACCUGCUGUCCCGGUCCCUGUUGCUGCGACUCAAGCCCCUCCUGGAGACCUGCAGAAAUGACAUCCUGAGCUCCAGUCCUGACGAGUGGCUCGGCCGCUGCAUUGUCGAUUCGGCCAAUGUCAACUGCGUAGACGAGUAUCAGGGUCUUCAGUACUACCACUUUGAGGUAGGCAAGGAUUUCGAUCCCAGCAAGGAGGUGAGCACCAACUUCCGGAAUGCCAUCGUCGUUCACCCAGUGACAGAACCCGAGCAGAUGUACCGACUACACAAACACUUCACUGAGAUCGAGCUCCAGCAGACGUAUGAUGAGAUACAGAAGCUUCAGGAUGAAAUAAAGAAUGUGAGCAUGGAGGCUAUCGAUGGAAAGCGGACAGCCCAUUGGCCAGUUGGAAUCAAUCCGCCGUUUGAACCAAAAACGCGCUUCGAGGUCCUGAGUUGGGACUACUUCACUGAAGAUCAGGUAUACACCUGCGUUGAUGGUUCUCCAAAGUGUGAGCUCCGUGGAAUUGAUAAAGUGGACAUCAUGGAUGUUGUCGAGAUCGCCAUGAUGGAGCUAAACAAAAAGUACAAGCCUAUCCUAAACAUGAGGAAGCAGCAGCUCAUUAAUGGCUAUCGGAGGUUCGAUCCCACCCGAGGUAUGGAAUACACCCUGGAUCUUCAGCUGGAGGUGGUCAAUCAGAAAGGGCGGAGCCGCUCGAUAACCAAACGAGUCCACUUGGUUCGACCUUUGAGUCAAAUUGAGAUUAUACCAAUGCCAUAUGUCACGGAAGCGACCAGGGUUCACAUAAUCCUACCAAUGAAUGUCCAUGACCUUGAAUAUGCUAACCACUUUCUCGAGGUGUACGCCAGCCACUUCUUUGAGAAGACUGAAAAUGCCGUCCUGAGCUUCCUGUUCAUCUACGACCCUUUCCAGGCUCAGAAGGUCAACCAGAAGGACAUCUUCAGCGGUGUCAAAGCGAAAAUCACCGAGUAUGAACGCAAGUAUUCCACAGUUAAAAUCCCAUGGAUUAGCGUCAAGACAGAAGCCCCCUCUCAAAUUAAAAUGAUGGACAUCAUUUCCAAGAAACACCCAUUGGAAACAUUGUUUUUUAUUGCUAAUGUCCACACCAAUGUCAACUCUGAGUUUCUGAACCGGUGCCGAAUGAACUCCAUUAAUAACUGGCAGGUAUUCUUCCCAGUCCACUUUCAGGACUACAACCCCGACAUCGCUUACCAUAACCAGGAGCAAAUGGUCGCCACGUACUUGAGUAAAGAUGAUGGACAUUUUGACCGCAACGCCUUCGACGAGGCGUGCUUCUACAACUCCGACUACAUGGCCACACGCACCCAAAUGAAUGCGGAUGUUCAGGAGAACGAGGAGAUCUUGGAGACUCUUGAUAUCUAUGAAAUGUUUAUCAGGUACUCUAGUUUACAUGUGUUCCGGGCAGUGGAGCCCGUCCUGCGACAGAAGUAUCACUUCCAGGUGUGUGACCCACGCCUCAGCGAGGACAUUUAUCACAGGUGUAUCAAGAGCAACCUGGAACGUCUGGGUUCGCGAUCCCAGCUUGCCAUGGUGCUAUUCGCACAAGAGCAGGGCAACAGUACCUGACAACAAACCAAAAGCAAACGAAACUAAGGAUUCAUUGUAGAAUUUUCCAACUUCUAGACAAUCCUCAGGAUUCCUGUUAUGUUUACGACAGAGACAAGUCAUCUGUUGCCAAAAAAACCAUCUGGUGGAUGUUCCAAACCACAUGAGUGUCUGGUUUUUUUUUUUAAUAUCUUUUCAAAGGUCACUUUCUUUUUUAUAUUUUCAUGUUGCCUUUGCUGUCUGUAAAUGUCAUCUUUAAAAAUACUGCCUUGGAUAGUUACUGCAAAUACCUUUAUUUCUUUUAGGAUCUGUUCAGUUACUGCCAAGAUAUAAUCAUGAUGGGUAACGCUUUACAUUAAGUGCACCUUCAUAAUGCAUUCAUAGAACAUUCAGUGCACCUUCAUAAUGCAUUCAUAGAA